AUGGCAAAAUUCCAUUCCCCCCCUUCCUCCACCACGGUGCUUUUCAAUUUGGCCGCAUUCUUUGUUUCUUGUCUCCUUUUGCCUCCUCUUGUUUUCCGCCAGUCUGGUUUCAUUUCUCCUACCAUCGCCCAUCUUUCGAUCUUGUCCAUUGUUCUCUAUUGCAACAUCACCACCACCACCAACUUUGCCGUUGCCGUUACCUCCAGCAAGCAGCAUCCUCUCUCCCUCCUCCGGCUGCCUCUGCUACUUUGAUCCUCCUUCCAAUCUCCUGCAGCGACACGCGCGGCAGCGUCAGUCAUGGGUACCUUUGCGCAUUGCCCGUCGCCAGUUUGGCUGAUAGACGACUUUACAAAAUGUUUUAUGCGAGACUAUCUCAAAACGCUCUUCCCAUUACUCGUCAUAAUAAUUUCUCUCGCCCAGCUCUCAUGGUCUAGUGUCCGUCGCUCGAUAAAGAAACACAAGUCUGCCGGUUACAAUCCGAUAGCAAAUGAUGCCAACGCUCGAGCCCAAACCGACAUUCCACCAAGUCCCGUCGAUUCCGAAUGCAGUGAAGACCUGGAGAUCAAUGCUAAUGGACGCCUUGUGCUUGCAAAAACAACGUCCCGUGGCUCCGUCGUCCAGGCUGACAAACCACCACAGCAGCGCACCUUCGAAAUAGUAGAAGAAGCCGCCGUCAUUGGCUUAAUCAUAACGAACGCGACAGCCCUCCUUACCGGCACGUAUGGAGAAGGUGGCCAUAUUGCUGCCAUCUGCGGCAUCUUUGUAUGGUCAUAUACCUUGGUGCUGUGUUCGCUUCGAGUGUUUCUUGGCCAGACCAAGUGGCGCGUACCACAAAUCUGGAAUCAUACAGCCCUCAUUUACACAAUCAACUGGGCUCUUAUGGUAUUCAUAUUUCGUUCAGCUCUUAUACACCCAAGCUCGCCAUUGACAGAAUCAUUAACAAUAGUAGAAUUUUGCCUUAUCAGCUUUCUCUUCAUCUUGGCUCUCACCACGCGCAAGGGUAAUAGGACAGUUAUGAUGGAAUGGGAAAACGGGAUACAACCCUCUCGGGAACCCCUUGCCAGCAUUUUCUCUCUCAUGACGUUUAGCUGGGUUGAUGAUAUUGUCUGGCAAGGUUGGCAGCAUCCAUUAAGCAUGAGCGACGUUUGGAACUUGGUCCCCAAGGACAAGGCUGCCAACGUUAUUAACGACUAUCGCAGCAGGCCGAAAACGACCUCUCUCGCCAUCCAUCUUUUCAAAUACUUCCAAUACGAAAUUACCCUUCAAUGUCUCCUGGCAAUUGUCUCUGGCGUCUUCACCUUUGCCCCGACGAUGCUUAUUAUGAAAAUCCUUGAAUAUGUUGAGAACCCAGAGUCAGCGCCGCGCAACAUGGUUUGGCUAUUGGUCAUCUCACUUCCUGUUUUUGAGGUCAUCCGAUCCAUGACUGAUAACAUGGCACUUUGGAUUGGCCGCAGAAUCUGUGUCCAGGUCAAGGCAAUCACUAUUGGCGAAAUAUACUCUAAGGCCCUGCGUCGCAAAGCAAGUAGCAGCAACGAUACAGCGGUGAAUAGCGAUAACGCAGGUGCCCAAGGAGCACGAUUCGGUGGCGUCGUUCAUAAAUUAAAGAAGAUUCUAGGCUUGAAGGGAAAGGCCACCAGUGGUGGAUCGAAGAGCAAAGGUCCCAAUGAAGCGUCUGACGUCGAUGACGAGCAAGCUAACAUUGGCACUAUCAUCAACCUCAUGUCUGUUGACACUUACAAGGUUUCCGAGCUAACAUCCUACAUGCAUUCGUUGCUUGCCAUGGCUCCGGUUCAAAUUGUCGUCUCGGUAGUUCUGUUGUGGCAUGUCAUGGGCCUUAGCGCAAUCCCCGGGAUCAUAAUCAUGGUUCUCCUUUUACCAAUCAAUUACGGCGUCGGUCGCGGCUUCAACUAUACAUUCAACAAGAUGAUGCUGGCCACAGACAAACGCGUCAAUGUCACAAACGAAGUGCUCCAAAAUAUCCGCAUUAUAAAAUAUUUUGCUUGGGAGAAACGGUUCGGCUUCAUGAUUGAUGAGAAGCGGGAGGCUGAGCUGAAUGCCCUGCGUUCGAGGUACAUUCUGCUCUCAUUUGCGAUUGGUUUGUACAACUCUGUACCCAUUCUAAUCACGUUCUUCUCUUUCUUGGUGUAUACCGUGGUUGAGGAGAAGCCCCUGGUGCCAUCAGUUGCCUUUACGGCCAUCUCCCUCUUUAUGCUGCUUCGAAUGCCCCUCGAUUUGUUCGGCGACAUGUUUGCACACACGCAAGAGGCUAUGGUUUCAUUGCAGCGUAUUGAGGACUUUCUGAAUGAAGAAGAAACGGAAAAAUACGAGCAGCUUGGCUUUGAUAACCGCGACGAGAUGGGGAGGAAGACUAUCGGUUUUCAAAGCGCUACGCUGAUUUGGGGCAGUAAGACCACGACGCCAGACACCGAAAACACGAGUUUCCAACUACUUGAUCUCAAUGUCAGGUUCAAGAUUGGCAAAAUCAACAUCAUUGCUGGUCCUACUGGAUCAGGCAAAACGUCUAUGCUCAUGGGCCUUCUGGGAGAAAUGAUGCGGGUGAAGGGCAAGGUGUACUGCCCAGGUGGUCGCAGCCGUGAGGAUGUUCGAAUUGAUCCCGACACCGGGCUAACAGAUACUGUUGCAUAUGUGGCUCAAAGUGCAUGGCUGAUGAAUGCCAGUAUCAGAGAUAACAUUACGUUUGCAGCUCCGUAUGAUGAACAACGGUAUUUGGAUGUGAUCCGAGUCUGUGCUCUUGAGCGCGAUCUAGAGAUCCUGGAUCACGGCGACGAAACGCUUGUUGGUGAGAAAGGCAUCACUCUCUCUGGUGGUCAAAAGCAAAGAAUAUCUCUUGCACGCGCCGUUUAUUCCAACUCAGCCCAUAUUCUCAUGGAUGAUUGUCUCAGUGCCGUUGAUUCUCACACCUCGCAUUGGAUCUACCAUCACUGCAUAAGAGGUGCUCUAAUGGUUGGCCGUACCUGUAUCCUGGUAACCCACAACACACAGCUCUGCGUCCCCGCCGCCGAUUAUGUAGUAGUGUUGGAUAACGGGCGUGUCGCCGCUGAAGGAUCACCUGAGGAGAUUAUUUUAUCGGGCAUGCUAGGUGACGAUAUUCUACAAGCCUUCAAAUCUCAACCAGCAUCUGCAAACCCUUCCCGUCUUCCUUCCCGAGUGCCUUCGGAUGUUGGCCAGGAAGAUGCAGCUGAAGAGGUAGAUGAUACGAAGUAUAAGCUCGGCAAGAAGACAGACAAGGUCCAAAUCGAUCCUAUGAACGAAAGCAUGGCUACCGGUGCUGUUAAAUGGUCGGUCAUUAAGCUCUAUAUCUUCUCCAUGGGCUCCAAAUGGUACUGGAUCGUCGCUUUAGCAGUUUUUCUCAUGCAGCAACUCGCGCCCAUGGCUACCAACUUCUGGGUUCGCGAAUGGGCAAACAGAUAUACGAAACAUGCAGGAGAGGGCAUUUCUCUGAGCGCUACCCACCAUGCAUGGCAGACUCAGAUGCAUCCCAAAGCUGUUUGGGCUUCUAUUGCCAACCUCGGCAGUAUGACAACUUCCACUGUCCGCGGCAUAACCACGCAAGGAACCACCACUACCUCGUUUGACAAUGCAGAUGAGCCUGUUAAUGACAUGUACUACAUUUUCGGAUUGGCUAUUAUUGGUGGCCUUGGUGCUUUAUCGGCGCUUAUGAGAGAUGUGUGGAUGUUUUAUGGCUCGCUGACAGCAUCUCGUGUCUUGCAUAACCGUCUCAUCUCCUCUGUCAUGGGCGCUCAAUUCAAAUUUUUCGAUGUGACGCCCCUUGGCCAGCUAAUGAACCGAUUCAGCAAGGAUUUAGAAGCCGUGGAUCAAGAAAUCGCUGGUACAGCCAUUGGUGUUAUUGGGUGCUCUCUCGCCAUCGUCAUCACAAUUGUGUUGAUUAUCUGCAUUACGCCGAGCUUCCUGAUUGCGGCAGUCUUCAUCGCCGUCGCGUUCUAUUUUGUCACCAUUUUCUACCUACGCGCAUCACGAGACUUGAAACGCCUCGAGUCUGUUCAGCGAAGUCCCGUUUACCAACAGUUUGGUGAGACUCUUGCUGGAAUCACCACCAUCCGCGCCUACGGCGACCAGCGUCGAUUCAUCCGCGAUAACUUGUCCAAGAUCAACGCCUCUAAUCGCCCAUUCUUCUACCUCUGGGCUUGUAAUAGAUGGCUUGCUUUCCGGGCUGACUUUCUGGGUCAUGCAGUAACCUUUUUCGCUGGUGUCUUCAUCAUCCUCAGCAUUGGCAAAAUUGACUCCGGUGCGGCUGGUAUUUCCCUCAGUUAUGCAAUGACGUUUACAGAGAAUGUUUUAUGGUUUGUCCGACAGUACGGGCAGAAUGAACAAAACAUGAACUCUGUGGAACGAGUCAAAGAUUACUUGGAUAUCGAUCAGGAGGCGCCGGAGGUGAUCGAAGAAAACCGACCUCCGGAGAGCUGGCCGUCCAAAGGCAGCGUUGAGUUUGAAAACUAUUCAACCCGAUAUCGCGCCGAUCUGGAUCCUGUGCUGCGCAAUGUCUCUGUCAAGAUCAACCCGAGAGAGAAGGUGGGCAUUGUUGGGCGAACCGGCGCGGGCAAGAGCUCGCUGACCUUGGCAUUGUUCCGCGCCUUGGAAGCCGACUCUGGCAGGAUUAUCGUCGAUGGGAUUGACAUUUCCACUAUUGGGCUACAAGAUCUUCGCGAAAAGAUUACUAUUGUUCCUCAGGAUCCAACACUUUUCAUUGGCACCCUUCGGGGCAACCUUGAUCCGUUUGAUCAGUUUACUGACGGGCAAGUAUUUGAAGCGCUGCGUCGAGUCCAUCUUAUCUCCCGAGAGGAGAUGAGCCCUGGGUCAUCCCCCAUUGAUCCAACUCCACGGGCAUCGAGCAUUGAUACCAUGUACAACAAGAACAUCUUUCUCGAUCUAAUGUCGCCAAUCACAGAAUCUGGAGGAAACUUGUCACAAGGGCAACGACAGCUUCUGUGUCUGGCCCGUGCCAUGUUGAAGAAGCCCAGGAUCCUAGUCAUGGAUGAAGCAACAGCCUCCAUCGACUACCAUACAGAUGCCAAGAUACAGGAAACAAUCCGGGAAAUGACAGGAACCGUGAUUACUAUUGCACACCGUCUACAGACAAUCGUCGACUACGACAAGGUCCUUGUCUUGGACAAGGGCUCACUUGUAGAGUUUGGUCACCCGUGGGAGCUUCUCCGCAACGAAAAGUCACAGUUUCAUGGUAUGUGCGCAUCGAGCGGCGACCUGGACAUUUUGAAGAAGACUGCACAAAAGAAAUGGGACGAUAAUCACUGAAAACCGUGCUAUUCCCGCACGCAAACUCAAACAACAAAAAAACCAUCGACACUGUAAAUACUCAAAAAGUUCUUUUCUUUCAACCAUUGUCUUAUAUAUCUAUUAUUCCUUUUUUAAUAUUGGGUUGGCUAUAUCCAUAUAGAAUACGUUUAUGGUGGAGGCGAAGCUCACUGCAGCAAAGAGCCACCAAGAAGGGGGUGUCAGCUGGAAGACAAGGGGCAAGAUUAUAUAUACAUGGUUCAUUCCAGGAAAUACAAUACGUUAUGAAAACGCACCUGAUUACUGUGCCUGCUUUGUCUGAAUCUUUGUAAAGAGCUUUUCCAGGGCAAUCAUGUCAUCGCCCUCCAAUCCAGCAUCAAUGGCCUCCUUGUACAUGGUUGCGCAGAGUUCCAUAAAGGGACUGCGCGCACCGGCAGUUUUCGAUGCGUCCACCACCAGACGCGUGAGAUUAUAGCAAUCUUGUAUAGCAGCUUGUGCGCUCCAGUCCUCAGCCAUCAUCUUGUUAACCUUGAGCUUGGAGUAAGCUGACGCCAUGGGGCUUGCGUCUACGACCUGCGCAAAGGCAUCGAGAUCGAGGCCCUGCCGUCUGGCCAAGUGCAUAGACUCGGCCAAGCCAGCCGUUGUGGUGAUGAGAAACGUGUUGAUGGCGUACUUUGUCUUGAGGCCCAUGCCAACGGGGCCGCAGUAGAUGGCCGUCUUUGUGAUGGGCUUGAGCAGCGGCCGGACAGCAUCGACGGCAUCCUUAUCACCUGCGACCAUGCCGACAAGCUGGCCCAUCUCAGCAGGUACCUUGGAGCCGCUGACGGGCAUCUCGAUAAAGGUGCCGCCGGCAGCCGCGACAAUGUCGGAGAGCCGCGUGCUGCAGUCGACGGAGAUGGAGGAGGUGUUGAUGACAGUCUUGCCGCGCAGGUUGGCCUGGAAGUCGGGGCUUUCAAAGACGGGGGCAUAGGCGGCAUCGUUGAAGAGCAUGGUGAAGACGACGUCGGAUUGGGCGAGCACGGCGGCUGGUGAGUCGGCGACGCGGGCUCCGGCUUGGAUGAGGGGUGGGAGUUUGCCCUGGGAGCGGUUCCAUACGGUGAGAGGGAAUUGGCGGGCGAGGUUGAUGGCCAUGGGAGAGCCCAUGACGCCGAGGCCGAGGAAGCCUAUUCUGGUGGUAGCCAUGGUGGUUGAUAUAUGGGAUGAGGUUGUUGUUGUGGUGAAAGAAGAGUACGAAUGUAGGCAGAGGAGAGACACAGGAUUGGUUGUCUAUUUAUGCAAUGGGUGAUGGUGUAUUCUCAUCGUUAUCUAAAUGGCCAAUUCGUCUUUUGUCAUGUAGUCUGCCGCUUUCUAGAAGCAAAAAAAGGAAUGAGGGCUUGGGAUCCCGGCACCGGAAUUGUAUGAAUCGGCGUUUGAUAUGGGGUCUCUAUCUUGGCGGGUCAUGUAGAUGCUAGGGCGCGCCAGUGUUAGUGGGGGUUUCGUGUGCUGUAAGGGUGCGAGUACAGCGGCUGUUGGAGGUUAGCGUCGGCCUGUACUGCAGUGCAGUAGCACCAGUGGGAGUCACACAGCUACAGUAGAGUGAAGUUAGAUAAGAUAGGAUACCCCAUGGUGAUAUCAUACCUCCGG